CGGAUCUUCGCAUUCCUAUAUAGCUAAUUUGAACUCACAGCCUCUUCGAUCAACACGGCUCGCUAUCGCCAUCCAGCGAGAUACAGGUAUUUGCAUCUCUGUCUCCUUCAAUAUAUCUUUCAUUGCUUUAAUUGACAACCUCUCCAUUCUCAGGUUGUUGAGUCUUCAGAGGCAUGGACACUCAGAAGAACGAAUUUGAAAAGCAGACUUCAUCAGCUGCUACUGCCUCAACUGUUACCUCGUGUCGAAAGAAGAAGAAUGAGCAAGCUACUUUCUUGGAGGAUUUGAAGGAUCAUGUUGAUGAGUUUAUCCAUGCUUCUAUGGAUGAACACAAAACUUGCUUUAAGAAAACCGUUCGAAAGAUGUUUGGUUUGUCCAAAGUUGUUUCGGAAAGGAACUCUGAUACUACCAAAGAAGUUGAAAGCUCUCUACCUCUUCGGACAACCGUACAAGAGUAGAAUCCCAAGACCUGACAAUCUCGUUUGGCACUACCCCACAUGUGUGUAGGUUAAAUGCAGAGAAGCUCUUUGAAACCCAAUAAACAAAUCCGAGAGGCUUUAUCCUUUUGGGUUAUUCCAUGUCAACCAUGUAACACCCCCCCUUCCCCCCGCAGCGGGGGGCGCUCUUUUUUAUUUCCUAAUAUGUAAAGUUCUGAAUUUGGUAGCAGUAGUUUCUUACCCUGAACAUGAGGUUUUAUUGAAUCUGGUAGUAGUUGAAUUCCGACAA